UAGGACAGAAAGAAAAGUAAAUAAUGUAGAAUUUACUUGGCGAAUCUUAGUAAAAUCAGGGGAAAUAUCUCGUCAUUCUAAAUUAGGAUUGUAAACUGUACCAGUAGUAUUGAUUAAUCUUACAACAAGUAAUACGACUUGAAGCUAAGGAAGAGAUGGCAGUUGUAUUUUCGUUCGACCAAAGAAAUGUCCUGCUAGCAGCAUUGAUAACCAUUGGCAUGCAAACAUCCUUUUUCAUAGUAGCAGCGACAUGUAAAUUUGACAAAGUUACAGAUUUUGCAGGGGGCAGUAAUUUUAUUGUGUUAGCUGUUGUGACUUUUUUCCUAUCAAAUACAUUUUAUUCUCGUCAAAUUGCUAUCACUGUUUUGGUUGUACUAUGGGGUUUCAGAUUAACUGGGUAUUUGUUCUAUCGUAUCCUGAGGAUUGGUGAAGAUAAAAGAUUUGAUGACAAACGUGAAAACACCUUAAGGUUUGCUGUGUUCUGGCUGCUUCAAGCAAUAUGGGUAUUUACUGUUAGCCUGCCAGUUAUUUAUAUUAAUGCUCCACUUCUUGUCAACAAUUCACAUUUGGUGGCAACAGAUUAUGCUGGCAUUAGUGUUUUUGUAUUUGGUUUAAUAAUAGAAGCUAUAGCUGAUCAACAAAAGUUCAAUUUUCGAAACAAUCCAGAAAAUAAAGAUCACUGGUGUGAAGCAGGUCUUUGGUCUUGGUCUCGUCAUCCCAAUUAUUUUGGAGAGAUGUUGGUUUGGUGGGGUGCUUUUCUCUUGAGCAUUGAAAUUAUUGAUGAGAAAAAGUUGUGGACAGCAGUUAUGAGCCCUUUGUUUUUGAUGACUAUUCUUUUAUUCCUAAGCGGUAUACCACUGUUAGAAAAAAAAGCUGAUGACAAAUAUAAAACAAAAAUGGAGUAUGUCCAAUACAAGCAGAAGACAAGUCCAUUGAUACCUCUUCCACCCGUUAUAUAUGGUAAUCUUCAUAAAAUUCCUAAGCUGAUAUGCUUCUGCGAAUUUCCUUUUUACAAUAGCAUUGAAGUUGAUGAACAAUAUGUAUCUGUAGAAUAGAGAGGACAGUAAAUUGUUAAUAGAAACAUUGAUUAUGUAAUUUGAUAAUGAUAAGAGGGGUAAUUUUUGUGUGGAGAAAAUUAAUGGAUCUUUUUGAUGUACACCUAAUUGAAUCCACCUGAAAUUUAAUAUAAAAUUUAUCCACACCUAAAACCAAAAACUGAAAUUUUGGGUGCAAUAUUUGUCAGAAUUAUAGUACUGCAUUUUCCCGGGUUUUUUUCUUUUUUAAAAUGAUCCACCAAAUUAAAUCACACAAAAUUCUCCUCUUGGGCGAGGUUAUGGUCUCUGUUGAUUGUAAGUUUUUUAGUUAAUCAUGUAAAAAAUUUGAAAAAAAACUUUGAUUAUUUUGAUAAUAAAUUUGUGAUUAUACAAUUUUUUUCAGCUAAAAUUAUUUUACAAAAUAAAUUUUUAGAUGUAUUUGAGCUUCUAAUGUUUCUUAAUUAAAAGUUUAUUAAAAAAAUCUUUUAUUUACAAUAUACAAGGUAUUUUGAGGUGUGCACUAUAAUUUUGAUUUGAUAUACCUUUCUCAAUUGUAGUUCAGUAAAACAUAAUAUAUAUUGGUACAUCUAUUUUUGUUAAAAAGUGUGUCUACCCUCUGUUGUAUAUUUAAAUUUCUUAAUGUUGUAGAAUCUCCCUGCCUGCCAA